AUGGAGAAUGAACAUCUCGGCGGUCCGCCCGAUGACCGGGUCACAGGUUUCCCGCCCUACCAGCUCGAUCGCUCUCGGUCGGAGAUGACCGCCAGUCCGGCGUUCUCACAGAAUGGCGGCUCCGCAUAUGGGCCACCGGCACCGCGGACUCCCGGCUCACCAGCUCUCAGCGCCAGGAGUGAUGCACGCAGUGAUCACCGUCCGAGCGAUGAACGUAACAGAUCUCGAGGCAGGAGUGGUGGUAGAUCAGGGAGCGGCGCAGUACGCGUCUGCCACAAGUGUGGCGAACAAUUAACUGGACAGUUUGUGCGCGCUUUGGACGGCACAUUCCACUUAGACUGCUUUAAGUGUCGUGAUUGUGGCCAGAUCGUCGCAUCCAAAUUCUUCCCAGCCGAAGACGAACAAGGAGGUGGCCAAUAUCCGCUGUGCGAGACAGACUACUUCCGACGACUCGGCCUUUUAUGCCACCAAUGUGGCGGGGCUCUACGCGGCUCGUACAUCACAGCCUUGGAUCGCAAGUAUCACGUUGACCAUUUUACUUGCACGCUCUGCUCCACAGUGUUUGGCGCGCAAGACAGCUACUAUGAGCACGACAGCAACGUGUACUGCCACUACCAUUACUCGACACAAUUCGCUCAACGCUGCAAUGGCUGCCAGACAGCAAUCCUGAAGCAAUUCGUAGAGAUAUUCCGCAAUGGGCAAAACCAGCACUGGCAUCCAGAAUGCUACAUGAUCCACAAAUUCUGGAACGUGCGCCUGACAACUCCGCAAGACGCUCCUGCACCACCCAAAGAGCCUGUCAGCGAUCAAGACCGAGAGCUUAUAAGACGCCAAGAGGAAAGCAUGGAAGAUAAAGUCUACAAGAUCUGGAGCGUCCUGUCCACAUUCGAAGAGUCCUCGGCAGCCUGCAUCUCAGAUAUGCUGCUACACGUCAGCAAUGGCGCGUAUGUGGAUGGGGUCUUCGUGGCCAAGAAGUUUAUCGUGCAUGUGGAGAUAUUGUUCAAAUCAGCAGAUCGCUUGGACGAGACCAUGAAGCGUUCCGGCAUGAGAGGGCUAUCAUAUGGCAGAGAGGCCAAGCUACUGUGCAAGAAGAUUGUGUCCUUCUUCUCGCUAUUAUCUAAGACUCAGGAUACAGGUGUGCGGAAACUCGGGGUCACGCAGGAGCUGCUAUCGCUCGUGACAGGGUUGGCGCACUACCUCAAACUCCUCAUUCGAAUCUGCUUGCAGGGAACCCUCAAAUUGGAGCGUGAACAUCGUUCUGUCGAGGGACUGCAUCAGUUUCUCGACGACCUUGGUGUUCUUGAAAACAUGAGAACCGACGAAUCCUCGCUUCAGAUGACACUAGGGAUGGCCUCGUUGUCGGCGAACGACUCUGACCAGUGCAAGCUGUGUCGGAAACCCAUCGAGGAUAGUUGUGCACUCCAUGGCGACAAGAGAUGGCAUGAGGGUUGUGUCAAUUGCACAAUCUGUGGCAAGGAGCACGGGAUGCCCCCGAAUGAGGCCCGCGUGCAUCGGGACGAGAAGAUAUACUGUAUCGAAUGCGAAGCGCAAACAGAAGAAUGGGGCCAACCACUGGAGCGCGUCUCCAAGCUUCAGCAAUAUGUUUUCCUGCUGAAGGUGGCACUGGCACGACUUCUGGAGAUCCUGAGAAACAGCGGCGCCCUGCCUCACACUUCGGAAGAUCCUAAUUUGAAUGGAUAUGACUCCAUGGACGGACACCGACUCUCCUUCAGCCGGGAGUCAGUUCUCCUCAGGUCUGAUUCGCGCUCAAAAUCGUACGCCGGCGAUCCAGAACGCCAUCAGAGGGAGGUAUCAUAUGAGAACACGCUCAAUGAUGUGCGCCGACUCCGCAGCACACGCCUGGACAAGCAUUUGUCAACAAGCCUCCGCAAAGCUCGAUCUUCUAGAGUGAUUGAUGGGCCUGAGCGGGGCAAUGGCAGGCCGGGUUCCGCUGGUGCCGACUCAGGGUUCCAAAGUCGGGAUCCGCGAAUCGACGAGGACAGGGAAUUGGGGCUGGGCGCUAGCACCGAACAGUACUUUGGUCACCAGGAUGCCCUCACUUUGGACGAUAUACCUCGAAUUGUCGCAGCCGAGCAAGCUCGAGAACAACAACCCGCUGCCUAUCGUCAGUCUCGACAGGAACUGUUUCGUUCGCCAGCAACCGACCCGUCGUUUGGGCCUGGCCAUCAGCGAAGUCAAUCUGGAGGUCGCGAACAAGACUACCGUGGCCAAGGCGAGCGAUCGCCGCAAAGAGGCGGUGGGCGUAGGUUCUUCUCUGAGCUUUCUGGGCUUGAAUACUUCAUCGUGCGACAUGUCGCUGUGCUCACUAUGCAACCAUUGCUUGAGUCCGAAUUCACGCUGGAAGAGCUGCUUGGUCUCAUCGAAGCCAGGAAAGCACCCACAUUCUGGAACAAGUUUGGCAAGGCGUUUGGCACCAAGGAGAACAAGAAAAACGUCAAGAAGAAGGGCGUCUUUGGUGUGCCGUUGGAAGUCGCCAUCGAACGCGAUGGAGCCGACUCCACCGACGGGGUCGGCCCAGGUGCGCUGCGCAUCCCUGCUAUCGUGGAAGACAUCAUCACCGCCAUGAAGAACAAAGAUCUGUCGGUGGAGGGCGUCUUUCGCAAGAACGGCAACAUCAAGAGGUUGACGGAGCAGGUGGCAGCCGUGGACAGAGACGGCUGUGAUGCUGUUCGGUGGAACGACGAAACCCCGCACCAGCUGGCAGCACUUCUGAAACGUUACCUGCGCGAACUCCCGGAUCCUCUCAUGACCCAGAAACUGUACAGGCUCUGGACAGUUGCCACCAAGAUCAGCGAUGCGGAUAAAAGAAGACACUGCCUGCACUUGGCGUGCUGUCUUCUUCCGCAGCCAAAUCGCGACUCCCUCGAAGUUCUUUUCAGCUUUCUGAAGUGGGUAUCGACGUUCCACCAGGUAGACGAGGAAAACGGUUCUAGAAUGGACGUGCAUAACCUUGCACGAGUCAUCGCGCCAAACGUUCUGUACUCUACGGCUAAAAGCCCGAGCUUUUCGGAUGAGCCUAUGGUGGCAGUCUCGUGUGUGGAGGAUUUGAUUCAAUUCAUCGAGGACAUGUGCAUGGUCCCUGUCGAGCUCAUGGACAUUCUUGGAGACUCUUCUCUCUUCAGUAACAGUGGUGAGAUCACGACCAAGGAGAUUCUGAAGCGGAUCGAGAGCAGGGCCGUUAGCGGCGGCGUACGACAGUAUGACGUUGAAUACGCUGGACGACAAGAUGCGAACAGGCGUCCAUUGGCUACGAGGGUAGAGACAGAUCCGAUUGCAUGGCAGAAGGAGAGCAGCGUCCGGCCAAUCCAGGAGCCGGCAUACCCUUCCGGCCAGAACCCGGGCACACCGCCGCAGAAGUGGAGGAACCCAGACUUCCCGCGCGGCGAUGACGGGCUGGACCCUCCGGACAAGUCUCAGCGGCGGGAGUGGCGGCAGUCCGCGCCUGCGGGGCGGCCACCCAACUCCGUCACCACGGGCACGGGGUGA